AUGCCAACCAAUAUAUGCGAUACGAAUCUAGAAAUAAUAAAUAUAUUGGCAAGAUAUCCAGGCUCUAGUCAUGAUUCUUUCGUAUGGAGAAAUUGUUACGUACGGCAUCUUCUCCAAAUGCAAUAUGAAACUGGUGAUUCUGGAUACCCAUUAGAGCCAUGGCUGCUAACACCAUUUUCAGAAACACAACCUGGCACGCAAGAAGAAUAUUUUAAUGAAUGUCACAGUAAUGUACGUAGCCGUGUGGAGCGCUGCAUAGGUGUUUUAAAAAAACGAUUUAGAUGCCUUCUUCGAUAUCGCACAUUGGAAUACAUGCCAGAAAAAGCAGGCGAAAUUAUUAACGCAUGUGCAGUGCUGCACAAUAUGUGCAUACGUGCUAACUUGCCUGAUCCACCAGAACCUGAGGAAGGCAUUAUGGCUCUAGAAGGUAAUAUUAAUAACAUCGAAGUGCAACCAAUGCCAGAAGGUAGAGCUAUUCUCAAUGAAGGAUAA